AUGAUGACAGUGAUAAUAAUGAUGGUGAGCAGUGGUAAUUUUGAUGAUGAGAGUGGUGGUGCUACGGCAGAAGCAAAAUCUUCAUUAGUGGGACACUGCAUUGUUGAUGCUUACGAGAACAAACUUUCAACAAUCGAUCAUUUCAACAACCUUCCAAUUUCCUAUUAUCCGCUGUUCAAAUUUUUAUUUCUCCUUUUUCUUGGCUAG